AUGAAAGAGGUGGAGAAGCCCCCCAAGGAAAUAAGGCAACUGCUACCCGUAAUGCUGAUAGGCCUGGUAACCCUCGUCAUGUAUUCAAUAUUUGUCACGUUCUACUGCAUGGUUCUGCUCCAAAUAAACGUCCAGAAGCAGUACGUGGACAGCGACCUGUUGAAUGAGGGCUACACCAAGCUGCUAACGUUUCACGUUUUGCUAUUCCUCUUCAUCUGGUCCUUUUACAAAACGUACACGGUGGACCCUGGUAGCAUCCCCAACACCCAUGAGUGGACCAUCGAGCCGGACGUCAGCAGAAUAAAGGAGCGAGGACAAAAUGGCGAGCUCCGAUACUGCACACACGAGAAGAAGUACAAGCCGGAUCGGGCCCACUACUGCAGAGCCACCAAAAGGAAUAUACUAAAAAUGGACCACUACUGUCCCUGGGUCGCAAAUGGCGUGGGUCACUACAACUACAAAUUUUUUCUGUUAAGUCUUUUCUAUGCGAACCUAUGUUGCCUAUAUGUGGAGGUCAACUGUCACUCGUCCUUCCCGGACUUGUAUGCAAACCCGAACGUCCUCUUUAAUGAAGUUUUUUAUAUUUUUCUGGAGAUCGUCCUUGCUGCCGUCAUCCUGCUGAUUAUCUUCCCCUUCUUCCUGUUCCAUCUGUAUUUGACUGCCCACAAUUAUACGACCCUGGAGUUUUGUGUGAUUGGGAAGAGAGACAAGAAAAGCAUGUACGACUUGGGCGUGGAGGAGAAUUUCAAUCAAGUUUUGGGAGACAACAUCCUUCUGUGGCUGCUGCCCGUCGGGGGCCCCAAAGGCGACGGAUUAUAUUACCAGACGUUUGCCCAGCACGGGUGA